UAAUGCAGAAUGAGGCGCCGGCCCCCAAUCCAAGGACAACAACGCCCAACAGCAAGUUAGGCAGCCCAUCGUAUAUGGUGAAACGACAUUAAUAUUAAGGCGUUUAGCAAUUCAAGACCACGCGCUCAACUCGUCGAAAUUUCUCAGCUUGGACGGGCAUUCGCAUUUAAUUCGCGUUGUUUGUUUGUUGCGACAGUUUGUUGUGUGGCGUUAUUUUAAAUACUCGACUAUUCGAAAUUCAAAUUUAAACUUGCAACCAUGGCUGCUGCACUUAAUGGGGAUCAGCGCAAUGGCGAAACCGACAAUAUAUCCGCCCUUGAAUUGCAAUCCAACCGGCGAGUUCUUUACUGCAGCGACGGCACCAUGGAGGAGUCCAGCGAUAGCGAACCGGAGGCUGAUGUACCCGACAAAAGCUAUAAUGUACAUAUCGACGAGCGUGAGUUACCGCUCGGGCCACGCUUGCGUUACAAGGCCUGCAGGAUGGGGAACAACAUAUUGGCCGGCAUCGAUUAUGUGGGUGGUGGCUUAGCCUCCUUCCUGGGCAUAACAAACUCGAAAUACGCCAGCGAGUUGGAUCAUUAUAAACGAGCCAAAGAACACGGCGAUGCCAAUGAGACCGACGAGGACCUUGAUAAUUGGCAAACAGGGAGAGGCGGUGGCCGUGUUGGCAACAACAACAUUCACAGCACUGACCGUAAUGAGGCCCCCAUUGUGGUUUGUGAACCGGCACGCAGUCGCGAGGAAGGCCUCGGCCUGACCCGACCCCCUAGUAGGCAAUAAGCAAGGCCGGCAAUGCGAGCUAAUCGACCGAACCGCCCGACCACACCACACCAGGCCGGCCGGCAAGUGGAAAGCAAUCAACAACCCAUAUACGAGUACAUACAUACAUAAAUUAGGUAUGAACUUAUACUUACAUACAUACGUAUUAUUACUAUUGUUUAGAAGUCCAUGUAAAUGCUCAUCAGGUGAAUCGAAACGUCUUGAGACUUUUUUUACAUAUAUAUUUGUAUGUAUUACAAAAAAUACAAACUUUUCGAAAAUUUAUUCACUAUAAAUAAGUUAAAAAUACAAAAUACAUAUACACACAUACG